AUGAGAACUCACUCUGAAGAGAAACCCUUCAAAUGUUCAGAGUGUUCAUUUGCUACAAAACGAGCAGGUGAUCUUACUAGACAUAUGAGAACUCACUCAGGUGAGAAACCCUUCAAGUGUUCUGAGUGUUCAUUUGCUGCAAGACACGCAAGUUAUCUUUCUGUACAUAUGAGAAUUCACUCAGGUGAGAAACCCUUCAAGUGUUGUGAGUGUUCAUAUGCUGCAAGACAAGCCAGUAAUCUUACUAGACAUAUGAGAAUUCACUCUGGGGAGAAUAAGAAACCCUUCAAAUGUUCUGAGUGUUCAUUUGCUGCAAGACAAGCAGGCCAUCUUACUGAACAUAUGAGAACUCACUCAGGUGAGAAACCCUUCGAGUGUUCUGAGUGUUCAUACGCUGCAAAACGAGCAGGUCAUCUUACUGUACAUAUAAGAUCUCACUCAGGUGAAAAACCCUUCAAAUGUUUUGAGUGUUCAUUUGCUGCAAGACAAGCAGGUCAUCUUACUGAACAUAUUCAAGAACUCACUCAGGUGAGAAACCCUUCAAAUGUUCUGAGUGUUCAUAUGCUGGAAGACAAGCAACGCAUCUUACUCAACACAUAA